CCAUUGAUCCAAACAUCUCAUCUCUUAGAAAUGAGGUAUGAGGCAAUGAUGGCCGUGACGCAAGGGCGAAAUUCGGCGGAACCUUCCAUUAAUUACAUGACCUCAGUGUUAAAAUGUACGUUUUUGCGCAAGUUUUCCCCCCCGCCGGGUCGCCGGGCGCAGCUUGACUUGUUGUCGGGCUACAGUGCAGCGGAAACGUGGAAAGAGUGAGGUCAUUUUCGAAACGCCGGAUGACUCAACAGACCGCCACUAUGUGCAAAAUUGGCCAACUGCCUUGAGAGUAAACAGAGCGGCAGGUCGGCUGACAUGGCUCUCCCCGGUGCCUCUGCUUCCCCGGGUCCGCGCGGCGCACUCCUGCUCCGCGUACGGCAGGCUACGCAGGACGCGGCAACGGGCUAACCACGAGCGGCGCGGAACCAUAAAUAUGUGAGACUUUUCACCUGGGGAAAAUAAUAACAGACUCGCCUGGAUACUUUGGCUCCUUUGGUCGAUUCCUUUUGGAUAAAAAAAACUUUCUUUGGAAGAUUUAUUUAUUUAUUUUAUUUUUUUCAACGGGUUGUGGAGGAGGAUGGUGGUGUUGAACGCCGCGGCGGCCGGCCCGAAGGCGAGCUCCUCUUUCCCCGCGCUCCUCCUGGCUGCCCUCCUGGGGCUGGGGCCCGUGCGCCCGUCCCUAAUCCCGCUGACGUCCUCGGACACAGACCGCGUCCACCUGGAAACAGCGUCUGACAGCCAGGUUAGGAGAACAACGAGCAACAGAAACGGCCUCAGCUCUGCAUUUGACAGGGAGGGCAGUCCUUUUCUCCAUCGCCCCACCCUGUCCCGCAGGGGCGGGCUGCAGCUUAGCCUAGAGGGGGCAGAGGUCCCGGACGUUUCGGGACAAGGCCCGCCCGCCCCCUCCCUCUUCCCUCCAAAGAGAGACGGCACACCUUCAGAAAGGCAGCGGCGCAAGAGGAGGAGGAGGAACCAGGAGGUGGACUCCUCCGACCCGCUGUGCCUCCACGGCCAGAGGGGGAGGUGCUCCCACAGCCAGAAGGAGGAGCAGAAGGAGGAGCAGACGCAGGAGCAGACGCAGGAGCCAGAGACGGAGCAGAGUCACGCCAUUUCGAAAGAGACCAUCACCUCCACCUCCGACGACCCCUUCAACGUGGUGCAGCCCCCAGAGGGGCCGGGGAGCCCCCGCAGCGUGGGGACAGAUAAGGCCCUGACCAAAAAGAGGACAGCCGCGGGGGAGGAGGAACAGGCGUAGCUCCUACGGGGUUCGGGGGUCUACGAUGAUGGGCACUGUACUUCCUGCUUGUGGCCUUGGAAGGAAGAAUCAAAGCUGAACAGCGUGGGAUGGAGCCUACAGACCGCAUCUCUGCAAAACGGUGGAUUUGUCUACCUGGCAACCACACUCUGUCUGCCAUUCGACUUACAGUAGAGUCAGACCUGACACAAACUAUCUAAAGCCAAGAGGAGCAGGGUGAGUUUGAGCCCAUAAACUCCACAAUCUGAGAAAAGAGAUUAUCUGCUUGGUCCACGGAUUCCUCCUCAGCUUUGCUGUGUCUUUUAACAAACUGAGACGGCUGAGAGAAUCAAGUAGACCCAUCCUGAGGGAAUGGUCCCUUCCGUGGGACGGCUGGUGACCCUCAGAGCACACAGCGGGGCCAGCCUGGGAGAAUCCUGUCCCUCAUUGGCCCCGGCCUGGGGCGGGCCCAGCAGAGGGAAGGGGGCAGUUUUUUUUGUUUGCAAAAAGCCGCAUUUCCCACGAAGAAGCACGUGCCCCGGUGGGCCGGGGUUGUGCAAGGCCCCCUGGCCCCUGUGCACUUUGAUAUAUUUGCACUGCAGGAGCAGGACACGGUCGUUCUUUUUUUUUUUACUGUGUUCCAUCCCAAAUUCAGGGAUUAAAGUCCUGUCAGAGGAACUUAAUAUCGACCAGUGAGCUAAGAGAAAGGAUGAAGGAAUCGUCGUGAUGUCAUAAUGGCAAGGGUGUGCCGGGCCCAAUCAGACUCUGUCACAGUCUCUUUCCAGGACAAAGCUCCUUCGGGAAUGGCAAAGAAACGAAAUGGUGUACUGAUGUAUGAAAAAAAAAACUGUGUAAUGGUUUACCUCCUCCCCCACUAACCCCCCUCCAGAUGGAAAGCAAAGAUGUUGAACUUACACGCUUCUGUCCUUUCCCCCAUAACUACCUUCAGGUUAAACUUUAAACAGUCACAAAGGCUGCAUAACAGAAGGUCGAUUGAUAUCAAAGUGACUACUAGCCAUGCGUUUUUCCCCAGCAUGAAAGAAUUGCAAUAUUUGAACUUGUAGUUACAUAUUGUUGCAUUUGCCAUUGUGUUGACCAUAAGACACAGCAAAUCGUUCCAGGUGGUCUGGACUAGUGUACAGUGAGAGUAUGGCCAGACCAUUUGUGAGAUUUGUGUUGUUUCUAAUAAAUGCUUUUCAAAAUAAGA